UACAUCAGAUAAUAUCGAAAUAUGAGUACUUCCCACUUUACCAUCUCUAAAUUUGCCCCACAUCUCCAGUGUGGUGUACGCCUCGCUGGCACGUGCUUCAACGCAACACCACGCUCGCGGCUAACCUUACUCAUCAUGGAGCGUUUGAAAUAUGUACUUUUAGAGUAACUUCUAUUAAAACCGGAAAGUGUUCAUAUUCGGUGUCAAGCAACAUGCGAACUAUACUGGUGAAAGCAUUUAGUCCAAAGUAUUUGUUAGUUACCAAUAUAGCUUUAUCGACCGGUCUGUCAGCCCUGGGUGAUAUAAUUGAACAACGAUACGAGAUAUUUAUUGACCAUAUUCACAAAUGGGACCCAAUUCGCACAAGAAACAUGGCAGCCACUGGAGUGUCUGCUGGUCUUAUCACACAUUGGUGGUAUAAUAUAUUAGAGAGAAAAGUACCUGGAAAUACAAUUCAAGUUGUUCUCAAGAAAGUGAUGCUGGAUCAAUUUAUUUGUUCACCCAUAUCAAUUGCCAGUUUCUUCAUGACCUUAGCAAUAUUGGAGCAGAGUGAUAUGCAUACUGUUGUGAUUGAAAUCAAACAGAAAGCCUGGAGAUUAUAUGCAGCUGAAUGGGUGAUUUGGCCACCCGCUCAGUUUAUAAAUUUUUAUGUAAUGCCGCAUCGCUUUAGAGUUUUAUAUGAUAGUACCAUAUCACUAUUUUAUGACAUUUACACUUCAUAUGUAAAAAAUAAAUUGCCACUAGAUACGGAUUAAUUUAUAUAUGCAUAAAAUACUGCUGUGAUAAAAUGAUUUUGAAUCUUUUCAAUUCAGGGAAUUUACAUUGUUGAUUCUUUAUAUAAAGGCAAUCAUUAGAAAAUGUAAUGUAGCAGAGUAAUAGUGUAUGUCUUGUGGGAGGUUUAGUACAAAUGCCACUUUGAUAUUGACAAUACUAUUGUAAUUUUGCUACAAAGUAAAUAAACAAACUUAUGAGUCA